AAAAUCACUUUAUAACUUUUCUAGCAGGGACCUGAACCAAGUAUAAUGAAAGCUGAGAUGACAAAUAAUUAAUACCUGGUGUAGCAGAGGGAAAAAACCAACAUGAAAUUUGAAGCAACAGAGACCAAGGUCCACAAUGGUCCGUAGUGGGAAAAACGGUGACCUUCAUCUUAAACAGAUUGCAUAUUAUAAACGAACUGGUGAAUAUCAUCCGACUACACUGCCAAGUGAGAGAAGUGGAAUAAGGAGAGCGGCAAAAAAAUUUGUCUUCAAAGAAAAAAAGUUGUUUUAUGUUGGAAAAGACAGAAAACAAAAUCGUUUGGUAAUUGUUUCAGAAGAAGAAAAAAAGAAAGUCCUAAGAGAAUGCCAUGAAAACGACACUGGAGUCCAUCAUGGCAUAUCCAGAACCCUCACUCUAGUGGAAUCCAAUUACUAUUGGACUUCUGUGACCAAUGAUGUCAAACAGUGGGUAUACGCUUGUCAUCAUUGUCAAGUGGCAAAAAAUACAGUUAUUUUAGCACCUAAACAGCCCCUUCUGAAGGUGGAAAAUCCAUGGAGUAUAGUUACUGUUGAUCUAAUGGGCCCAUUUCAUACAAGCAACAGAAGUCAUGUAUAUGCUAUAAUCAUGACAGAUUUGUUCACGAAAUGGGUUGUGAUUUUGCCUCUAUGUGAUGUUUCAGCAUCAGAAAUUUCUAAAGCUAUUAUCAAUAUAUUUUUCUUAUAUGGACCUCCUCAGAAAAUAAUAAUGGACCAAAGAGAUGAGUUCAUUCAUCAGAUCAAUGUUGAACUGUGUGGAUUGUUUGGCACAAAGCAAAUUGUAAUUUCUCGUUCCUCUCAAACUGUUAACCAAACUGAAGGUAUACCUAACACCAUAAAAACAUUUCUUUCCAAACACUGUGCUGACCACCCAAACAACUGGGAUGAUCACCUAUCAGCUGUUUCCUUUGCCUUCAAUAUAACUCAUUUGGAGCCUACUAAAAAUACACCAUACUUUCAGAUGUUUAAUCGAAAUCCUUAUGUGCCUGAGACUUCAGAUGAUCUCCAUGAAAUGGAUGGUGAUAAUACAAGUAUGUUUGCCAAAAUUCUAGGUGCAAUUAAAGAAGCUGAUAAAAUAAUGGAGAAUAAGACAACUUCAGUGGGCCAGAUGGAGAGUAACAACGUUGAUGAAAUACAUAAAAACAAAAUAAUUAUUAAAAAGAAACCAAAGCAAUUAAAUCCAUUUCAUCUAAAAGUGGGUCAUGAAGUUUUAAGGCAAAGGAAAAACUGGUGGAAGGAUGGCCGUUUCCAGUCGGAAUGGGUUGGUCCUUGUGUCAUCGACUAUAUUACAGAAAGUGGAUGUGCUGUUCUGAGAGACAACACGGGGACUAGGCUUAAAAGACCUAUCAAAAUGUCUCACCUUAAGCCCUAUGUAAGAGACUCCAGCGAACAAGACAGUCUUUACCUCUUACAAGGUUCAGUAGUGGCAGAUCAUGACUACAUUGGAUUGCCUGAAAUUCCAGUUGGAGCAUACCAAGCAAGUAUUCUGGUAGAAGACGCAACUAUUGGUGUAGUUGAUAAUGAAUUAUUGACAUCAAGCAAGGAUGGUGAACUAUUAGAAUAUAGAGAUGCCAAAAUCUCUCCAUUGAUAGAAGAUAAUUGUAAUCUUGAAAAGCAGACAUUCAGUCUGUUGGACUCCUCAAACCAAGUCCUUGAGUACUUAAGUUAGUAAAUACCAAAAUUCAUUUACAGUACUUGUUUAGGAUAUAUAACUCCUUGAAACUUGAUAUUUUCCAUCAAAAAGGUUGUAUAGGAGAAGUGUCUGGAUACACUCUUAAAGACUAAAUUCUGUUUACUUCAUACCUAUUUAUUGAUCUAAAGUUGUACCGUUUGAAUGUCAGUGCGUAUACAUAAAGAUGAAAGAAGCAUAUCAUAUAUAGAAUUCACUUUUUCUUCUAAAAAGGGAACAGGCAAAGAAUGCUUGUUUCUUAGGAAGUAAAGUAAAUUUCAGCUCAAAACUCUCAAAUCUAGUA